UUUUCCCUUUCAUCUUCCAUCACUAUGUCUAAGAAACAAUACGACGCCUCCAAGCUCCAAGCAUUUGGAAACGCAGCAGCGGGGCACGAUGGAGUCCUCUCCGACCCGACAGGCGCCGUCGUAGUCAAGCCCUGCACCCGUGCCGAAAUCGACUUCUACGAAUCCGUCAAUGCGAACCACCCAGAUCUCCUUCCGCACUUCCCCGCCUACAUGGGCGAGCUCGCCCUCACCUCCGACCAAGAUGCAGGGAAAGCUGCAGCAGAGUCCGGCUCCAUCACCACGGCCGAUGGGACCGUCGAGCGACUGCACGGCAAGAAACUCGACACGGAUUUGCACAUUGUGCUGGAGAACAUCACGCACGGUUUCAAGCAGCCUAACGUGCUGGAUCUGAAGCUGGGCAAGCAGCUAUGGGAUGAGAAGGCGAAACCGGAGAAGAGGGCACGACUAGAUGAGGUAGCUAAUAGCACUACAAGUGGAAGUUUGGGAUUUCGCAUUGCGGGGAUGCGAACUUGGAAGGGUGGGGCUGAUACUGUGCCUGAGGUUCCAUCCGAGCUAAAGGAGUAUACGGAGAGCAAAGGUGACGAUGGAUACUGGGUUUACAACAAGAUGUACGGGCGAAAGUUUUCAAAGGAAGAUAUUACGGAGGGCUUUGAAGCGUAUGUUCUACCGCAAGGCAGAUCGCUCGAGCAGUUGGCUCGCGCCCAGGAGAUUUUGGCAUUCUUCCUAGGAGAGGUGAAGGAUAUCAUUUCGGUGUUUGAGAAGAAGGAGUCGCGCAUGUAUUCUGCGUCGAUACUGCUGGUAUAUGAGGGCGACGUGGAGGAGUAUGCGAAGACGAAAAAGACGUUGCGGUCACUGAGCGCUGAAGAUGAAGAGGGUGAGGAUGAUGAUGAGGAUUUGCCCAAGUUAGCAGCCGUUAAGCUGAUCGACUUCGCGCACGCGACAUGGAGAGAUGGCGAAGGCAGCGACGAGAACGCGCUGAGGGGAAUGAGGAGCACAGCAGACAUUCUGAAAGAUCUGCUUGCCACAACAAACAAAGAGCUAGAGGCUGCAGAGGAGCAAUCCUGA